AUGGCAAGUACUCGGAGCACAACGAGAAGAUUAAUUGACUCACAAUCCAAAAGUUUUGGUGGACCUCAGAUCUGUUGGGAUAAAGGAAUUCCCAUAAAUUUAAUUCUCAACGGUGUCAGAAUUCAUAGAUUUCAAGGUGGCACGGGGUCACUGUCCACAGAAAAGGAGCAAGCUAGCUUAAUGUCAUUCUCUUUUGUAUUCUUUGCCGCCACUUCCUCGAUCGUCACCGUUGCAUCCUUAAUCGGUGUCACUUCUUCGAUCGACACCGCUUCCUCGAUCACCGCCUCUUCCUCGAUAGUCGCCACUUCCUCGAUCGUCACCGCUGCAUCCUCAAUCAGUGUCGCUUCUUUGAUUGGCGCCGCUUCCUCGAUCACCGCCGCUUCCUCGAUAGCCACCACUUCCUUGAUCGUCGCCGAUGCAUCCUCAAACUCACGGUUAGGGGCUUAAUAAGUCACUGAUUGAAAAUAGUGCAAUCACCCUGGGUAGACUUGCAUUGGUUUUUCCUGAGCUUGUAUCACCUCACAUGGAGCAUUUCAUGCAAGCAUGGUGUAUUGCUUUAGCCAUGAUGAUAUUGAAAAGGAGGAUGCUUUUUGAGGUCUAUGUGCAAUGGUGAAAGUGAACCCAUCAUGGGCUUUAAGUUCACUUGUUUUCUUAUGUAGAGCCAUUGCUAGUUGGCAUGAAAUUAGAAGCGAGGAGCUAUACAAUGAUGUUUUGUAGGUGCUCCUUGGUUAUAAACAGAAUGGAGCAUGGGAGCAGUGUAUGUCAACUUUGGAACCACCUGUAAAAGAGAGGCUCUCAAAAUAUAAAGUAUAGUUGUGAGUUAAGUUGGUUGGGUUGGGUUUUUUAAAGUAUGACAUAACAAUUUAUUCAAGCUAUCAUGUUUUUGUUUUUUAUUUUUAUAUGCAUGUUUUAACUUUUGUUCAUUACUUUAUGUUUAGCAUGUAGUUCGACAUAUUUGAUAUUUACCUAUAUAUUCAAUUCAAAAAGUUAAAAAGAUAUUGAUGAAAAA